AGCAGUUUCAGGUAAGGCGGGUCUUACCUGGCAGGUUACAACCUAUCAACGUAGGCCUCUGACAGUUCUGUUGCCAAUCGGCUCUAAGCUCGUCCCUCCUGGAACUCUGCGUUACUCGACACUCUAAUGAAACAAUUCAACUGAAAGGAAAGUUCACCUGCAGCCAUCUGCAAGCAGCAUAAAGUUCGACCUUUGAUUAAAAACUUGCGGACAGGUCGCACGGUGGUAGAUCAGACCGAAAAGAAAGUGUUUGCCGGUAUUUAUUGUGCUUUUUGGUGACCUUGUUUGUGCGCGCAGUGAUCUUACCGGUGGCUGGCUGUGAAGAAGCGGCAGACAAAAAAAAGAAGAAUUACCUGUAGCUCGGGUUCUGUCUUAUCCCCCAGUUCGUCCAUACACCUUUACCUGCACAGACUUGAAAGUCCAGUUUCACAAGCGAGAGAACAAGAGAGAGGAAAAAGGGGGAGUUUGUGGGAUCAAAUAUGUCACAGGAUACGGACAACAGCAAGAGGCUGGUGGUGGUGGUACCGAAUGAGACCUCAUUCCACUCCCGGCGGGCCUACACGAGCGAGGAUGAAGCCUGGAAAUCCUACCUGGAGAACCCCUUGACGGCAGCCACCAAGGCCAUGAUGAGCAUCAACGGAGACGAGGACAGUGCCGCAGCUCUGGGGCUCCUCUACGAUUACUACAAGGUUCCCAAAGAAAAGAGACUUUUGCCUUUAAAUAAAGUGACUGAAAUUCAAGAUGACCAUGAGAAAAGGAGCUGCCUGGGUGGCAACGAUGGGCAGAAUGACAUGGCUGCUGUUGACAACCGAGUCCAAGUGCUGAAGUCCCUCCCAGUGAACCUGUCCCUGAACUCUGAGCACAUAGAGUCUUCCAAGAGGGAGCACUACAGCACGCACCCCCAGGAGGGCAGCCCUGCAGCCGUGGGCAAGGAGGAGGUCUACACCCCCGUGUUCAUGAGCCCCGGCGUGCACUACAGCCGCGGGCACAGUGAGGAGCAGCCUCGGGUCAUCUUCGAGCCCAGCCCCUAUGAGGUGCCCUCCAUCCACCACUCCAGCUACCUCAAGGACGACCAGCGCAGCACACCAGACAGCACUUAUGACGAGUCCUUCAAAGAGGAGCCAGAGAAAUACCGCACGUCGUCUUUGGGGGCUGAAGAAUUCCUCUAUGACCCACCAGGAGCAGAAACUUUCCAGUACAUGUUAGAAGCCACCAAAUCUCUAAAACAGAAGCAAGGGGAGGGGCCGAUGACCUAUUUAAACAAAGGACAGUUCUACGCCGUGACGCUGAGUGAGACGGGUGCCAAUAAGUGCCUUCGACAUCCCAUCAGCAAAGUCAGGAGUGUCAUCAUGGUGGUAUUCAGUGAAGAUAAGAACCGAGAUGAACAGCUCAAGUACUGGAAAUACUGGCACUCACGGCAGCACACAGCAAAGCAGAGGGUUCUUGAUAUCGCUGAUUACAAAGAAAGUUUUAACACCAUUGGGAAUAUUGAAGAAAUCGCUUACAAUGCUGUCUCCUUUACCUGGGAUGUGAAUGAGGAAGCAAAGAUCUUCAUCACAGCGAACUGCCUGAGCACAGAUUUCUCCUCUCAGAAGGGUGUCAAGGGCCUGCCGCUGAUGAUCCAGAUCGAUACCUACAGCUACAACAACCGCAGCAACAAACCCAUCCACAGGGCCUACUCUCAGAUCAAAGUGUUCUGUGACAAGGGAGCAGAGAGGAAAGUCCGAGAUGAAGAAAGGAAACAGACCCGUAAGAAGACGAAAGGCCAGAGCUCUUCUUCCCAGUCCAACUCAAAAGAAGCAAACGUGCCUGCAUUACCGGCGCAGAAGAAAGGGGAUACCACCUACUUCAAAACCAUGACGGAUCUCGAUUCUCAGCCUGUUCUCUUUAUACCUGAUGUGCACUUUGGGAAUUUGCAGAGAACAGGACAGGUCUUUGCUUUCAACACAGAAGGGAUGGAGAGGGAAGGCAGUGUAUUGGUGAAAAGAAUGUUCCGGCCUUCUGAAGAGGACUACAGCCCCUCACCGCCCAAACAGAUAAAAGAAGAAGUAAACAAACGAGUGCUUCUCUAUGUACGCAAAGAAUCGGAUGAAGUGUUUGAUGCUCUGAUGCUCAAAUCACCGACUGUGAAGGGGCUGAUGGAUGCAGUGUCUGAAAAGUAUGGUUUUCCUGUUGAAAAGAUGAUAAAAAUGUACAAGAAAAGCAAAAAAGGUAUUUUGGUAAACAUGGAUGACAACAUCAUUGAGCACUACUCCAACGAAGACACUUUUGUAAUGCAUAUUGAGAACAUUGGCGAUGCCUACAAGAUCACGUUGACAGAAAUCUAACGGGACUCCGGGUUUGCUAACUGAAAAACCGAAGCUAUCAGAUUCUCACAAGAUAAUAUGAGGGAGGGAGAAGAAGAUGCCUGCAAAGUGGGCGACUGGGAAAGACCUGUUAUUGAAGCACUGAGACUGAGUCGGUUUGUCAAGUGGACAGUUUUUGUAAAUAAACUUUGCGUGACCAGUGUGGUGUUACUGCCAUAUCUAUCAUCCAUAUUUUGCGAGAAGAAGGAAUGAUAUUGUAGAAUAUAGACAAUGGUUCCGAUUUUUAGUAAGUGGAUAAACACUGGUCCAAUCUUCCUAGAAGGUGGUUGCCUACUUCAUUUCUGACUGUCACAUUGGUACAAAUUCUAGUAUGCUGCUAAUGCCAGUGCAGACUUCUUUUUUUUGUACCACUGGACAGUAAUUCUAUAAAACCCUGCGGACUGAAGUAGGUUUGGCUCCUGUUACAUAGUCACCAUUCUUAUGUUUUGCCCAGUGGUAGCGGGACAUUACUGAGAGAGCCACAUUUGGCCCGCUGCUCUUGCCAAGAAGUGACAUUAUUAAAAUGGGCUUUGUUUAAAUAUUUUUU